GUGGAGACUGUAUUGUUUUCAACUUUUUGAAACUAAUUUUUAGAAGAUAAUGUCGGCAAAAAGAGCAGCCGGUCUCGUUAUAUUUAGAAAUCACAAUCAGAUUGUUCAGUUUCUUCUGCUACAAACGUCGUAUGGGGAACACCACUGGACGCCGCCAAAAGGUCAUGUAGACCCUGGCGAGUCUGACUGGGAGACUGCUCUGAGGGAAACUAAAGAAGAAGCCGGAUUAUCAGAGCAAGACUUGGAUAUCUACAAAGACAUUUCUAAAACCCUCGCCUACAAAGUUAAUGGUAAACCAAAAACUGUGGUCUACUGGCUCGCUAAGCUGAAGGAUCCUGAUCAAAAAGUUACUUUAUCAGACGAGCAUCAAGAUCUAAAAUGGCUUGAGAUGAAGCAAGCUCAAGAUAUUUCUGGGUUUGAAGAUAUGAAAAACUUACUGGCAGAUUUUAAUGAAAAAGCUAAAACAUUUUUGUAAAAAUUACUAGAAUUUAUUUCAUAAGGCGAAAAUGACGUGUAAAUUUUUUAUUGAAUAAAGAUUGUACUUAUAUUUAUUUUCUUAGCGCGUCUUAGUAUUCUUUUCAUGAAUGUACAUUCAUGUAAUAAGAAUAUACCUCUAGAGUAGAACUAGAGGUAUAUUCUACAAUCUACAUGUACAUACAAUAUCAGGAGAAAUAUUACUCACUGUCUCAGGUCAGUCAGGGUCACUCAGGGUAGACAGGAAUAAAACAAAUACAAAUUAUUAUGUUCAGUUGUUUGUAUUGUUAGAAGUACAUGUAAAUUAUUAUAGCACCAUACAUUACAUACAAAUGUACAAAAUUGUGCAUGUUUCUCCUUGAACACAAAUGUUAAAAUCGAGUCUAAACAAUCUCAAGUCCAUUACAUAAUACAGAGUAUCUUAA